AUGCAUCCAUUUGUUUCCUAUGUUGCUAUCCUCUUAUGCUUCAACCUUUAUUUUCCAUCUGCAAUAUGUGCCACCUUCACCAACUUAACAGACCAUGCCGCCUUACUUGCCUUCAAGGCUCACAUAACCAAGGAUCCUAUGAACGUCACUACGUCAUGGAAUGAAUCUCUCCACUUUUGCCUGUGGAAGGGAGUUUCAUGCAGCUCUAUAUCUCCUUCAAUUGCUAACCUCAGCUUUCUUCGACUCCUUGAUCUCUCAAACAAUAGCUUCCGAGGCGUAGUUCCACCGGAGAUAGGUCGGCUUUCCAGGUUGCAACGUGUUGUUUUGGCUAAUAAUUCGUUAACAGGGCCGAUUCCAGUCAACCUAUCUAGUUGUUUUAACUUGAGAAUUCUCCAUUUGAGUCGAAACAACUUCACUGGUCAUAUUCCGGCUGAGUUUGGUUCCAUGUCAAACCUGGUUGAAGUAUACCUUGACAGAAACUAUUUUGAGGGACCUAUACCGGAUUCUUUUGGAAACAUUUCGUCGUUGAAGGUGCUGUCAAUACAAGGAAAUGAGAUGAGGAGAAGAAUUCCAGAAUCAAUAGGGCAGCUUAAAAGCUUGAACAUACUUAAUGUUGCUGAUAAUUCACUAUCAGGUUUGAUUCCUUCUUCCAUCUACAACCUUUCGUAUCUUACUACCUUGUUUAUGCGAUAUAACCAACUUGAAGGAAGCCUUCCUUGGGACAUAGGCCUUACUCUGCCAAAUAUUCAAGUAUUUCGUAUUUCUGCAAACCAUUUGAGUGGUGUCAUUCCCGUAUCAUUAUCAAAUGCUUCCAACCCUGAAUUCCUUGAACUGUCAGUAAACAAGUUCUCUGGAGGGGUUCCUGCUGUUUUGGGAAAUCUAAAGAAGUUGUCAUGGCUCGGUGUUUUUGGAAACAAUCUUGGAAAAGGGCAGGCCAAUGAACUUAGCUUCAUCACCUCUCUCGUCAACUUCAGCCAGUUAAUUGAACUAAAUCUAGAUGGCAAUAACUUUGGAGGGCAAAAUCCGAGUUCCCUGGCCAAUCUUUCAACCCAUCUUCAAGUUUUCGGUAUAUCAGGGAAUAAAAUUUCAGGGGGAAUUCCUUCUGAUAUUGGAAAUCUCAUUGGCUUAAACUCAUUAAGCAUGCACUACAAUCAGCUGACAGGAACCAUCCCUGAAGGAAUAGGCAAGCUUUAUAAGCUACAAGAAGUGGGAUUUGGUAAAAACAAAUUGUCAAGUGAAAUCCCAUCCUCCAUUGGAAAUCUCACCUUGUUGAACCAGAUAUGGCUAGAGCAGAACAAUCUCCAAGGAAGCAUACCUUCAAGUCUUGGAAACUGUAAGAACUUGUUUUUGCUGCGUCUUUAUAACAAUGAAUUGAAUGGAACUAUACCUCCAGAACUAGUGAGUCUCCCCUCUCUAUCAAAAUCAUUGGACUUGGAUCAAAACCGCCUGACCGGUCCUCUUCCUAUGGAAGUGGGGAACUUGAAAACUUUAGUUAAGUUGAAUGUUUCUGUUGGUGCAACAACAGAAUCAAGCAGACUCAGCAAGUAUCUUGUCGAGCAAGCCUCGAAACUUGCUGAGCAAACAAACAAUUUCGAGUUAAAGAAAGAAGAGAAUAAGCUGGGGAAAUUUGAGAGAAUAUUGAUGAACAAAACUGAUUUCAUUCAUACAUAA